GUAUUGCAACACCUGAAGAUGGAAAAUUGGUCUGUUGAUCAAGUCUGCAACUGGUUGAGACAGAGAAAUUUAGGAGAACUAGUUCCUAAAUUUCGUGAAGAAGAAAUUAGUGGAGCAGCUCUUCUGGCUCUUAAUGAUCGGAUGGUGCAACAAUUGGUGAAGAAGAUCGGGCACCAGGCAGUGCUCAUGGACCUGAUUAAUAAAUACCAGCAACAAAAAAGUGUGCUAGAAUCCCUUACAUACUGUUGCGAAACAGCUUAUCCAAAAUUUCCAGAAGUAAUCAGCAGGGAUACUGACAGAAAAAUGUUAAAUUAUUCUGGUCCUGUGGAGCAGAAAAAAUGUCUGUGCUCAAAUGAAAAUGAAGAAGGACCAUUUGAUCCAAGAGUGCAUAAGAGAAAAAAAAAUCUGAAAUCAGUUAUGGCAAGAUACAAGAUGUUGCAGUGGAGUAGUUCUUAUGCUUUGCCUGACUUUCCUUAUGACAUCAAGUGCAUAUUAGCAGAAAAAAAAUGCCCUGAUCACAGUAUGAGAAUAAGGAUUAUUGAAUUUUUGCAAGCAGACAUGACAAAAUACCUAGAAGGAUCACUGUAUCCAAAUAGUCAGCAAUAUAACACUGCUGUCAGUACUCUACUGCAGGCGUAUCCAUUCCUCAAUGAAGAUGGGAAUAGCUUUUUGCUAUGGAAACGGGCUCUUAAAGAUCGUUUCAAAUAUGUGAGGAGACCCAUUGAAGAUGAUGAGCAAGUCCUGAGGAACAAAUGGAAGUUUGGCCACAGGCGAGGGCAGACCAGGAAAUCUUCAUUUGCUGAAAACAAAACUGAUGAUGUCCAGAUGCAGGAAGAACUUGUUCAUCUUGAAGGAAGUGCAAUGGAUUUACACAUUAAAUGGCUUAAGCAAAAAUAUAUGAAAACUCAAAGGAACUGAAAAGAGGUGGAUAACAAUGAAUGCGACAAUAGAAUAUGGAAAAGGAUGAUCAGGGAUAAGGCACUUAAAGAUAUUCUUAGACUAUUUCCUUUCUUAAGAUGCCCUAUCAAGCUUUUCAGGGAGUUCUAGUUUCUCACACAGAUGGACAUUCAUAAGAAAACAGUUGAGAUUUUGGAGAUCUAUUCAGGUAGCAUAAUAUCUUUCUAUCUGGUGAAGAAUAAUCCAAUUAACAUCAUGCUGCAAGAAAAUCUGAAGUGGCACACAGAGGAAGACAUUCUGAAAUAUACAAAAAUGACUGCUGCAUGUUUACUCCUGCCAGAUGUCUUUAGAGAUGAUUCCAGUCUGUUUGCUGCUGUAAGGAGGAGGUGAAGGUGCUGACACCAGGUUUGUGGGCAAAAAAAGCCCUUCAAUAUGAGUCCAUACAAAUUUGUGCUGUAUGUGGAAAGAGAAGUGCUAGCUCAGCUUAAUGACUGCACCAUGGCCCUGGCCAGGCCAGUGGCUUCAUUUUAUUUGUUAGAUCUCCUGUGCCAGAAGGGAACCCACGGGACUCUGAACUUCCUGGAGUCACAGGUGUUUGAGGUGAGGAGGCCAGCGUCCUGCCCCACCCUGCUAAAGGGAGGGCUGGAGGUACCCAAGUAUCCCAGCAUCUGA